AUGGCCUCGUAUGAUAAGUGGUCACGCUACCUUGUGUUUGUCAGGUCUUCUUUAGAGUCAUCAUUAAUGAAUAAUAAACAAUUACAGGAGAUCUCAAAAGAUCCUUUAUUAGCUCCUGGAAAACGUAAAGGUGCUAAGAAGACAAGAAGUGUUAAAGAUCUAUUCAAUGAUGUUGGCCCAGAAGCCUCAUUUAAAGAUAAACGUGGACGACCAUGGUUUAAAAAUCCACGAGCCUAUGUCAAACAACAAUUGAUAGCCAAAGCAGAGAGAUAUGAUAAAAAACAACAUUCUGAGUCUAGUGACAGUGAAACAUCUGGACGGAUAGCUUCAGAAACGGAACCAAACACUUCAUCUGAUAGUGAUGAUGAUGAUGAGGAGAAAAUUAACUUCUUUGAGGAUAUUGAAGAUCUUCAAGGUGCAGAUUGGUAUGAAUUAACAAAGGAUUCUACUCCUGCCAUUCAAUCAACUCAUCGAUUAGCUUUACUACAUUUCGAUUGGGAUAAUGCAAAACCUGAAACUAUUUACAUGAUUCUCGAGUCAUUUUUACCAGCUAGAGGACAUAUUGAAAAAGUUACAAUAUAUCCAUCAGAGUAUGGUAUUAAACGUAUGGCUGAAGAAGCUAUUCAUGGACCACCUGAAUUACGUCCUAGUGAAUCAGAUAUAGAAUAUAAUGAAGAUAUUACUACUCUACCAAUAGAUAUUGAUGAAAAAUCUGGUUGGUGUAAUGCAUCAUCAAAAUUACGACGUCGUAUUCGUGAAUAUCAAUUAACUCGUUUAAAAUAUUUUUAUGCUAUCAUAGAAUUUGAUAGUAUUGAAACAGCAGAAAUAAUCUAUUCAACUUGUGAUGGUCUUGAAUAUGAAAGUUCUGGAUCAAGAUUAGAUUUACGCUUUGUUGACAAUGAUCAACGCUUUGAAGUGCCUGCAGAAUAUGCUCAUCUAGUAAGUGAAUGUCGAGAAAUUAAUAAAGCGAAAUAUACGCCUAUUCGAUUUGAAACAAAUGCUUUGCAUUCAACACGAAUUGGUAUAACUUGGGAUAAAACACCAAUUGAAAGAACUAAUUGGUUACGUGAUCAAUUUCGUACAGAUGUUGAUCCUAAAACUACUCUAACUAAGAACAAAGAUGAGCUAUCUAAAUAUCUAGUUCUUUCUUCAAGUGGUGCAAGUACAUUGGCUAGUUCAGAUGUUGAAUCAGAACCACCUGCAUCUACAGUUCCUAGAAUUCAUCGUCAUCGACCGAAAAAACUUCCACCAGCUGAAUUACGUUUAGCAUUAUUAGGUUUAACUACUUCGAAUGACAUAAUUCAUUCAAAUGAAAAUCAGUCAUUAAUAAAUAAUAAAGAAAAUAUAAUAGAAGACGAUGAUGAUGAUGAAGAAGAGGAAGAAGUCUUUGAUCUUGUCAGAAAUAGUCAUGAUGAUUCUCAAACUGAAGACUAUGAUCUACAACCAAUUGAAAAGAAGACUUCUAAAGAAAUAUGUAAUUUAUCAAGAAAAAAAAUUCAUCGAAAAGUAUUACUAGAAGCUCAAGAUUCUCAUGAUGAUGAUGAUGAUGAUGAUGAUGAUAAUCCACCUGUUUCUGAUGAAGACACUAUCAAUAAUAAUGAUAUGAAUAGGGAAAAAAACAAUGAAAUAGGUCAACAUCAAAAUAAACGAAAGAAAAGGUUGAAACAACGUGCUAAAAUGUUGGAGAAGAAGCGAAAAGUUCAAGCAAGAUUAGAACGUGAAUCAAAACUGUGGCUAGCAGAUGAUAACUCCAAUGAAUUAUGUAUUGAUGAUCGUUUUGAUGAAUUUCUACGCAAUCCUGCCUUUGAAAUUAGUCAAACACAUCCUGAUUACAAGGAGGCUAGUGAUUUUCUACAUUAUAUGAAAUAA